AUGUUCCAUCUAUCUACAAAUUUGGCGGGUGAGCCGAAAGCCCUCAUACGGCAUCUGCCAAUAUCCGAGCAAAAUUACAAUAUAGCUUGGGAUAUUCUGUCAAAUCGGUAUGACAAUAAACGACUCUUGGUGACACCAUUACUAAAUAAAUUGUUAUCACAACCAAAUAUAACAAUUGAAUCAGCAAGCAGUCUUAAGGGCAUACAUGAUGUUACAAAAAAAUUUUAUUAUGGAUUAGCAGCUCAAGGUAUUGAUGUUAAAUCUUGGGACGCCAUAAUGGUUCACAAGUAUGAUUUACUAAAACGUCAUAAAUUGUGCACAAACUGCAUGAAACCUGGUCAUAUGGCAUUACAAUGCUCCAGCAGGGGUUGUACUAUAUGCCAAAGAAGACAUAAUAUACUGUUGCAUCAAAAUAGACACCCAGUUCAACCAUCAAAUCAUAAGUUAGUUGAAAACACUUCAAGGCCACUUGCACAAACAACUCUAAUGUCGUCCAUGAAUCAUGGUCAGACCAGAUUCGUUCUUUUGGGAACAGCAAAACUUUUAGCAUCUAACUCUAAUGGAAGAACAGUCGAGUGCAUAGCAGUACUGGAUACAAUACUUGAAGCAUUUGUGUUGCCAAAAAUUGUAUCCAAUCAACCAUCACAGCACUUACAAAUUUCAAAUUGGAAUCUGCCCAAUAGCAUCCAAUUAGCAGAUCCUACAUUCUAUAAGUCUGACAAAAUUGAUAUGUUGCUUGGAGCAGAAUUUUAUCAUCAACUCCUAAGUCCUGGUCAAAUACAACUUUCAAGGGAACUACCAAUUCUACAGAACACUGUGCUCGGAUGGAUCGUUGAAGAAGUUGAUAUUCACUCAAAGGUCUUGUCAAUAGCAGAGCAACAAUGUGAAGCUCAAUUCACUCAAACUACAUAUCAGAAUGUUACGGGACGAUUCAUCGUACGUCUUCCUUUUAUAAAUGACAGAUUCGCUUUGGGAGAUUCGAAAGACAUUGCUACAAAUAGAUUUCUAGCACUAGAGCGUAGACUUUCAAAGGAUAGUCACCUCAAACGACAAUACGUAGAGUUUUUAGAUGAAUAUGAAAAAUUGGGACAUAUGACCGAAAUUGAUAUUGAAAGGAUUAUGUCACCACAUUACUUUAUCCCACACCAUUGUGUGCUUAAACCUGACAGUACCACCACCAAGUUACGUGUGGUAUUUGAUGCAUCAUCCAAAACAACAUCAGGGCAAUCUCUCAAUGAUUUACUACACACCGGACCAACUGUUCAAAGUGAAUUACUGUCUAUUUUAUUACGAUUCCGUCUUCCUCGUUAUGUGUUUACAACAGACAUUGAAAAGAUGUACCGACAAAUACUUGUACAUCCAGAAGACGGACAAUUAACAUAUGGUACUAGAUCAGCACCGUGUCUAGCAACCAAAUGUUUGCAAGCUUUAGCUGAUGACAAUAUGCAAAAUUAUCCAUUAGGUGCAUCUGCUCUCAAACAAAACUUCUAUGUAGAUGACUGUUUACACGGGGCAGAUAGUCUAAGAACAUUGUUGGAAACUCAGAGUCAAUUAAAGAAAAUACUGACAACAAGCGGUUUUAAAUUGCGAAAAUGGUGCGCAAAUCAUCCAAGUUUACUACAAGGAAUUCCACACGAUGACCUAGAAGUCAAUUUAGAUUUAGAAAAUAAUAACGAUACAACAAAAACUCUUGGAUUAUCCUGGUGUCCAAAAUCUGAUAGUUUAUGCGUCAAGGUUAAAUUGGAACCUGUUUGCAGCACGACGAAGCGCAGUGCAACCUCAGAUUUAGCAAGACUAUUUGAUCCACUAGGACUUUUGUCACCAGUUGUGAUAUCUCGUCAUAUUUUCAAAGGCGAAGUUCCUGCCAACAUUCAAUUACACAUCUUUACAGAUGCAUCAGGAAAGGCAUAUGGUGCUGCAGCGUAUUUGCGAUCAACAUUUCAGAAUGGUCAAAUCAUUGUACGACUAUUGUGCGCCAAAUCUCGGGUUGCACCUUUGAAAAGGUUGACGUUACCUCGUCUCGAACUUUGUGCAGCUGUGGUUGGCGCAGAACUAGCAACAAAAAUAAAGAACGACCUACAAAUAAGAAAUUACCAGACGUUCUUUUGGUGUGAUUCACAAAUAGUGAUAUCAUGGAUCAACUCUCCAUCAUCAAAGUUUCACACUUUCGUUGCAAACAGAGUAAGCAACAUUCAUCCUUUAACAGCCACAAGUCAGUGGCGCCCCGUCAGUUCGGAACACAAUCCAGCUGACAUUUUAUCAAGAGGCCUUGCACCCCAUAAACUACAGUCAUCAAGUAUGUGGUUUUAUGGACCUAUGUUCCUGUAUGGUCGGGAAGAACUGUGGCCCUCAAAACCAUCAUCAGCGUUAAAAUCCGAAACCCUCAUUGAUCCUGAACGGAAGAAGGAAACUCAAGUAUCUACAUUGUCUGUUGUUGAAGGCACAGCAAAUCCUGGAGAGUUCAUAUAUUCAAUACGACACAACAACUCAUUUGGAAGACUUCAACGGAUAUUAUCGUAUAUAUUAAGAUUCGUAAAAAGAACCAGAAGGAAACAAAAUGAUCAUUCAAGCAAUUUUUUGACUCCAGAUUAUCUAGAUGCAGCACAACAGGUCAUUAUCAAAAGUAUUCAAUAUGCAGAAUUUAAAAAUGAAAUCAAAAUUAUGAAAUCUGAUGGAAGAAUAAAUAAGUCCAGUGCAUUGGCAUCACUGGCACCUUUUAUUGAUAAUACGGGCAUCAUAAGAGUUGGUGGACGUUUGGAUCCUAUGUUGUUGCCUUAUAAUGACCCCAUUGUCAAAUUAAUAAUGGAGCAAGUCCAUAAGAAAUACAUGCACUGUGGUCCGCAGUCUCUCCUAGCUAACAUGCGUCACCGAUACUGGCCAAUUAAGGGCAAAUUGAUGGCAAGGUCAGUAGUACAACAUUGUGUACGUUGUACUAAAGUAAGACCACGAUUUUAUGAACAACUGAUGGGUAAUUUGCCAGCGACAAGAGUACAACCUGGGCGACCAUUCCUCACCACUGGAGUGGACUUUUGCGGACCUUUUUGGAUACAUUACAGAAUCCGAGCAAGCAAUCAAUUACUUGAACUUGCAGACUCAAUUCAAACAAGCAAGGCACAAGAGAAGAUAAUUAACGAAUGUAAUGAAAGAGGAAUAACAUUUAAAUUUAUACCUCCACGUCCACCACACUUCGGUGGACUAUGGGAAGCAGCAGUCAAAUCAGCAAAACACUUAUUGAUACGAAGUACUAAGACGACUUCACUAACAUAUGAGGAACUAGAGACUGUGGUACUAGAAGUCGAAGCAAUACUGAACUCUCGACCAUUGACACCUAUGUCGAGUAAUCCGAAUGACUUGUCAGCACUAACACCUGGUCAUUUCUUAAUCGGAGAACCGCUCACAGCAAUGGCAGAUGCAAAUGUCCAAUCAGGAAAUAUAAAUUUGGUGACAAGGUGGAAAUUAGUUUCUCGCCUCAAAUUGGACUUUUGGGAACGUUGGAAAACCGAGUACCUCACUGAACUACAAUGUCGACACAAAUGGAAAUCAGCCAACCCAAAUAUAAAAGAAGGUACCCUUGUAAUCAUCAAGGAAGACAAUGUUCCUACAUUAAAAUGGCCGCUUGGACGUAUUUCAAAGAGGAACAGAAGUGAAAAGGGGGGAGAAGAGGCUCCGAACCGUGUGGGUGCCAGGGCCACACAGAUAAUCUCGACAAAAGGGCGACAAGGUCAGAAUGUGAACCUGCAAUGCGUAGCAGAAUCAAUAAAAAAUAAAAAAGCAACUUUCAACAAGGAUAUAAGUGUGUUAGGACCUAUGGGUGACCAAGAUAUAGCAGAACAGACAACCGAGAAGCUCGGAAAAGUAUAUAACGCCAUAAUCAUAUGGGUAUUAAUGGGGGUAAUCAUUAUUUUGAACAUCGUCAAAUGGACGAUACACAAAGGAAGGAACUUGGGGAAAAAUGACAACACUAAUGGCGGUUGCAUGUUCGAUGUCGGAAGAAACUGUGGGGUCGGAGAAUCAAGCAGUCAAGUAAAUGAUGACGCAUUUAUAUUAAUACCGUGCGAUCAAUCGGCGAAAUAG